AGAAACGGAUGCAUUUGGUCUCUAAGUAGUUUUAAAAUAUUUUAGGUAUUAAUUUGUUUUUUUUUAAAUUUAAUAAUUUGGUUGACCUGAUUGUCAAUUAAAUGUCCAUAAACUUUAAUUAAACCAUUAAACAUUCAUAAGUUAGGUUAAGAUUGUUUAUCUGUUUAUUUUAUACUACUUUUGUGGAUUAAAAUUGUAUACUAAAUGGAAUACGGUGCCUUAAGUCUACUCUCAAUUUAUGGUGAUGACGAUUCAGAGGACGAAUCAGUUCCUGGACCUAAGGUUUCCACAAAACGAUGCUUUAGAGAUGAUGAGGAGACACCAUACAACUUCAAACGGUUAGCGGUUCCAGAUAUAAUUAUUAAUGGGCUUAAAGCUGAAACUCAUUCAGAUAAUCCUUCAAUGCACAAUGGAAGAUUGAGAUCUUUUCCUCAUGUCCGAGGGAACUGGUCCACAUUCUUAUCAAUACCUUUUGAGACUGGUGAUGAUUUUGAAAACCUAACAGAAAGCCUUAGGAGUGCAGUAAAUGAGAUUGAAUUGAAUGUGGAAACGAGUCCACACAUCAGUGUAUCAAAGACUGUGGUGUUGAGACACCAUUGGAUAAAAAUAUUCAGCGACUCAAUUAGAGAGAAACUUAAUGUGAUUAAAAAAUUUAUCAUAUUAUUUGAUUGUUUGAAAGUGUAUUGCAAUGAGGAACGGACUAGAACUUUUCUGGGGCUGCAGAUAAAAAGUGGAUAUGAAUCAUUAGUGAAAAUUGUCUCGCAAGUUGACGAGUGUUUGGCUGAUUUUAAAUUGACGAAAUUUUAUGAGGAUCCUUCUUUUCAUAUGAGCAUUCUUUGGUGCGUGGGCGAUAAGGAGGACGAAUUAAACCGGGCUUUGCCGAGGUUGAACGAGGUAUUCGCUGAACAAGUGAACGUUUUAGAAAAUAAUUACAUUAAUGCCGAUAAAGUUCUAUGUAAAUGUGGUAACAAAAUAUUUUCUUAUGCACUUUCUUGAGAAAAUGUUAUUUAUACACAGUGAUA